AAGUGUUAGAAGUGAAGAGUGAAGAGGGAAGCCAACUUGGCGAACUUGCAAUCUCAAAACUGUCUUCCCCAACCUGAUUUCAGAUUUCUAAACAUGAUAUGAAAUCCAAAGCCUCCUCCUUUUUCUUAUUCUUAAUUCAUCUUCCAACCCCUUUUCGCUAAUUCACAUAAUCUCUCUCUCUCUCUCUCUCUCUCCAAUGGCUUCCAUUCCCACCCUUUCCUCUUCUUGUAUACCUUCAAUCUCUCCUAAUAAUGUUUCAAACCCCACCACCAACAACAAUAAUCUACACUUCACAUCUCUCUUCGGAACCAGAAUCACCAUUCAUCGCCUCUCUCCAAUCCCUCCAUUCCCCUCGGUGAGUUGCAGCACCCGUGCCACCACUGCAACGGUGUCCUUUAGUCUUCCCACCACGAAACCCAAGGCGGAUACAAUUGACAAAAUCCCACAGUGGUCUGCGAGGUCUAUAAAGUCUUUUGCUAUGGCAGAAUUGGAAGCCAGGAAGCUGAAGUAUCCCAACACAGGAACCGAAGCGCUUCUCAUGGGGAUUUUGGUAGAAGGAACAAGUAAAGCUGCAAAAUUCUUGAGAGCCAAUGGAGUUUCUCUUUUCAAAGUACGGGAAGAAACAGUAGAGCUACUUGGGAAAUCUGACCUGUAUUUCUUUAGCCCUGAGCAUCCUCCAUUGACCGAACCAGCUCAGAAAGCCCUUGACUGGGCUGUGGAUGAGAAAUUGAAGUCAGGUGAUGGAGGCGAAAUAACCGUGACUCAUUUACUUCUUGGAGUUUGGGCCCAAGAAGGAUCAGCAGGUCGCCAGAUCUUGUCCACUUUAGGUUUCAAUGAUGAAAAAGCCAAAGAACUUGCCAAAGAAAUUAAUGAAGAUGUCGAUUUGAGCUUUAAGAAGCAAGCUUGAGAAAUUCCUUGAAAGUAGAUUGAUACCUUUUGAUCCCUGGCAUUGCAAGUUCCUUGAGAAAAUUGACUGUACUCUCCCUUGUUACAAGUUCCUGCAUUGAUGUACUUGACAUGUAUGUCAAAUACUGUUGUACACUAAUUGGAGAUGAUGCUUUUUCUCAUUCUUUUUUGUUUCAAGUUUUGAGGAGGUCAAAAUUUUAAGUAGCUUUUUAUGGCUUAAUCUUAGUCUCACUGCUUUACGUUUCCUUGUAAGUUGUAACAACUUUUUGAAUUUUAGUUCUAUUUAUACCUUUUUCCUUA